AUGAAAACACUAUUUUGGUCCCCACAACUUUAUUCUCCAAAGGAGAAGGUGCCAAGACAGGCCCGAAAAGGAGGAUGUCAGAAUCCAGAUAGUUUCGAGUCUUUUAAAGGCAAGCUGGGGAACACAAACAACCCAGUGGAAGAAUUUCGCAGUGGGUCUGCGCGGCUGUGGCCCGCGCUGGUCGUGCUGGCGGCCGCCGCGGCGGGCUGCGCUCGGGCAGCCAUGGACGAGUGCGCGGACGAGGGCGGGCGGCCGCAGCGCUGCAUGCCCGAGUUCGUCAACGCCGCCUUCAACGUGACCGUGGUGGCCACCAACACGUGCGGGACUCCGCCCGAGGAGUACUGUGUGCAGACCGGGGUGACCGGGGUCACCAAGUCCUGUCACCUGUGCGACGCCGGGCAGCCCCACCUGCAGCACGGGGCAGCCUUCCUGACCGACUACAACAACCAGGCCGACACCACCUGGUGGCAGAGCCAGACCAUGCUGGCCGGGGUGCAGUACCCCAACUCCAUCAACCUCACGCUGCACCUGGGAAAAGCUUUUGAUAUUACCUAUGUGCGCCUCAAGUUCCACACCAGUCGCCCAGAGAGUUUCGCCAUUUACAAGCGCACGCGGGAAGAUGGGCCCUGGAUUCCCUACCAGUACUACAGCGGCUCCUGCCAGAACACCUACUCAAAAGCAAACCGAGGCUUCAUCAGGACUGGAGGGGAUGAGCAGCAGGCCUUGUGUACUGAUGAGUUCAGUGACAUCUCUCCCCUCACCGGGGGCAAUGUGGCCUUUUCAACCCUCGAAGGAAGGCCCAGUGCCUACAAUUUUGACAAUAGCCCUGUGCUGCAGGAAUGGGUAACUGCUACUGACAUCAGAGUAACUCUCAAUCGCCUGAACACUUUUGGAGAUGAAGUGUUUAACGACCCCAAAGUUCUCAAGUCUUAUUAUUAUGCAAUCUCUGAUUUUGCUGUGGGUGGCCGGUGUAAAUGUAACGGACAUGCUAGCGAGUGUAUGAAGAAUGAAUUCAACAAGCUGGUGUGUAAUUGCAAACACAACACAUAUGGAGUAGACUGUGAGAAGUGUCUUCCUUUCUUCAACAACCGGCCAUGGAGGAGGGCAACUGCAGAAAGUGCCAACGAAUGCCUACCCUGUGACUGCAGUGGGCGAUCACAGGAAUGCUACUUUGACCCUGAGCUGUACCGUUCCACCGGCCAUGGGGGCCACUGUACCAACUGCCGGGACAAUACAGAUGGCGCCCACUGCGAGAGGUGUCGAGAGAACUUCUUCCGCCUCGGGAACAAUGAAGCCUGCUCUCCUUGCCACUGUAGUCCUGUGGGUUCUCUGAGCACACAGUGUGAUAGUUAUGGCAGAUGCAGCUGCAAGCCAGGAGUGAUGGGGGACAAGUGUGACCGUUGCCAGCCUGGAUUCCAUUCUCUCACCGAGGCGGGUUGCAGGACGUGCUCUUGUAAUCCCUCUGGCAGCAUCAAUGAAUGUAAUGUUGAAACAGGAAGAUGUGUUUGCAAAGACAAUGUGGAAGGUUUCAGUUGUGAGAGAUGCAAACCAGGAUUUUUUAAUCUGGAAUCAUCUAACCCUAGGGGUUGCACACCCUGCUUCUGCUUUGGGCAUUCUUCUGUCUGUACAAAUGCUGUUGGCUACAGUGUUUAUUCUAUCUCUUCUACCUUUCAGAUUGAUGAGGAUGGGUGGCAUGUGGAACAGAGGGACGGUUCUGAAGCAUCUCUCGAGUGGUCCUCUGAGAGGCAAGACAUUGCUGUAAUCUCAGAUAGCUACUUUCCUCGGUACUUCAUUGCUCCUGCAAAGUUCUUGGGCAAGCAGGUGUUGAGUUAUGGGCAGAACCUCUCCUUCUCCUUUCGAGUGGACAGGCGAGAUACCCGCCUUUCUGCAGAAGACCUUGUGCUUGAGGGAGCUGGCUUAAGAGUAUCUGUGCCCUUGAUCGCUCAGGGCAAUUCCUAUCCCAGCGAGACCACUCUGAAGUAUGUUUUCAGGCUCCAUGAAGCAACAGAUUAUCCUUGGAGGCCCACUCUUACCCCUUUUGAAUUUCAGAAGCUCCUAAACAACUUGACCUCUAUCAAGAUCCGUGGGACAUAUAGUGAGAGAAGUGCUGGGUAUUUGGAUGAUGUUUCUUUGGCGAGCGCUCGUCCUGGGCCUGGGGUCCCUGCAACUUGGGUAGAGUCCUGCACCUGUCCUGUGGGAUAUGGAGGGCAGUUUUGUGAGUUGUGCCUCUCGGGUUACAGAAGAGAAACUUCUGGUCUUGGACCAUACAGUCCAUGUGUGCUUUGUACCUGCAAUGGACACAGUGAGACCUGUGACCCUGAGACAGGUGUGUGUAACUGCAGAGACAAUACAGCCGGCCCCCACUGUGAGAAGUGUAAUGAUGGGUACUAUGGAGAUUCAACCUUGGGCACCUCCUCUGAUUGUCAGCCCUGUCCGUGUCCUGGAGGCUCAAGUUGUGCUGUUGUCCCCAAGACACAGGAGGUAGUAUGCACCAACUGUCCUACUGGCACCACCGGAAAAAGGUGUGAGCUCUGUGAUGAUGGCUACUUUGGAGAUCCCCUGGGGAGAAAUGGCCCUGUGAGGUUAUGCCGCCUGUGCCAGUGCAAUGACAACAUCGACCCCAAUGCAGUUGGAAACUGUAACCGCUUGACAGGAGAGUGCCUGAAGUGCAUCUACAAUACUGCAGGCUUCUAUUGUGACCGGUGCAAAGAUGGGUUCUUUGGAAACCCCCUGGCUCCCAAUCCAGCAGACAAAUGCAAAGCCUGCAACUGCAAUCCAUAUGGGACAGUGAAGCAGCAGAGAAACUGUAACCCCGUGACUGGGCAGUGUGAAUGUCUGCCUCACGUGACAGGCCGGGACUGUGGUGCUUGCAACCCAGGAUUCUAUAACCUGCAGAGUGGGCAGGGCUGUGAGAGGUGUGACUGCAAUGCUUUGGGCUCCACCAAUGGGCAGUGUGACAUCCGCACUGGCCAGUGUGAGUGCCAGCCUGGCGUCACUGGUCAGCACUGUGAGCGCUGUGAGGUCAACCAUUUCGGGUUUGGGCCUGAAGGCUGCAAACCCUGUGACUGUCAUCCUGAGGGGUCUCUUUCACUACAGUGCAAAGAUGAUGGUCGCUGUGAAUGCAGAGAAGGCUUUGUGGGGAAUCGCUGUGACCAGUGUGAAGAGAAUUAUUUCUACAAUCGGUCUUGGCCUGGCUGCCAGGAAUGUCCAGCUUGUUACCGACUGGUAAAGGAUAAGGUAGCUGAUCAUCGAGUGAAACUCCAGGAAUUAGAGAGUCUUAUAGCAAACCUUGGAACUGGGGAUGAGAUGGUGACAGAUAAAGCCUUUGAGGAUCGACUAAAGGAAGCAGAGAGGGAGGUGAUGGAUCUUCUUCGCGAGGCCCAGGAUGUCAAAGAUGUAGACCAGAAUCUGAUGGAUCGCCUCCAGAGAGUGAAUAACACUCUGUCCAGCCAAAUUAGCCGUUUACAGAAUAUCCGGAAUACCAUUGAAGAGACUGGAAAUUUGGCUGAACAAGCACGUACCCGAGUAGAGAGCACAGAGCAGUUGAUUGAAAUUGCAUCCAGAGAACUCGAGAAAGCAAAAGUUGCUGCUGCCAACGUGUCAGUCACUCAGCCAGAGUCUACGGGGGACCCAAACAACAUGACUCUUUUGGCAGAAGAGGCUCGGAAGCUCGCCGAACGUCACAAACAAGAAGCUGAUGACAUUGUACGAGUUGCAAAGACAGCCAAUGACACAUCAACCGAGGCGUACAAUCUGCUUUUGAGGACACUAGCAGGAGAAAAUCAAACAGCAUUUGAGAUUGAAGAGCUUAAUAGGAAGUAUGAACAAGCAAAGAACAUCUCCCAGGAUCUGGAGAAACAAGCUGCCCGAGUCCAUGAGGAGGCCAAGAGAGCUGGUGAUAAGGCUGUGGAGAUCUAUGCCAGUGUGGCCCAGCUGAUGCCUGUGGACUCAGAGGCACUGGAGAAUGAAGCAAAUAAAAUAAAGAAGGAAGCCGAGGAUCUGGACCGUCUGAUUGAUCAGAAGUUAAAAGAUUAUGAGGACCUCAGAGAAGACAUGAGAGGGAAGGAACUUGAAGUAAAGGAACUUCUAGAGGAUGGAAAGAUUGAACAGCAGACUGCAGACCAACUCCUUGCCCGAGCAGAUGCUGCCAAGGCUCUUGCCGAAGAGGCUGCAAAAAGGGGACGAGAUACCUUACAAGAAGCCAAUGACAUCCUCAACAACCUGAAAGAUUUCGAUCGACGUGUGAACGACAACAAGACGGCUGCAGAGGAGGCACUAAAGAAGAUUCCUGCCAUCAACCAGACCAUCACAGAAGCCAAUGAAAAGACGCGGGAGGCACAGCUGGCACUGGGCAAUGCUGCAGCAGAUGCCACAGAGGCCAAGAACAAGGCACAUGAGGCAGAGAGCAUCGCGAGCGCCGUCCAGCAGAAUGCUACCAGCACCAAGGCAGAAGCUGAAAGAACUUUUGCAGAAGUUACAGAUCUGGAUAAUGAGGUGAACAAUAUGUUGAAGCAGCUACAAGAAGCAGAAAAAGAGCUGAAGAAAAAACAAGAUGACGCUGACCAGGAUAUGAUGAUGGCAGGGAUGGCUUCACAGGCUGCUCAAGAAGCUGAGAUCAAUGCCAGAAAGGCCAAAAACUCUGUUACCAGCCUUCUCAACAUCAUCAAUGAUCUCUUGGAGCAGCUGGGGCAGCUGGAGACAGUGGACCUGAACAAACUAAACGAGAUUGAAGGCACCCUGAACAAAGCCAAAGAAGAAAUGAAGGUCAGCGAUCUUGAUAGGAAAGUGUCUGACCUGGAGAAUGAAGCCAGGAAGCAGGAGGCUGCCAUCAUGGACUAUAACCGUGAUAUUGAUGAGAUCUUGAAGGACAUUCGCAAUCUGGAAGACAUCAAGAAGACCUUACCAUCCGGCUGCUUCAACACCCCGUCCAUUGAGAAGCCCUAGCAUCUUUAGGGCUGGAAGGCAGCGUUCCUCUGCCAGGGGAGCAGUUGUGAGGCCACAGAGUGCCUUGACGCAAAGAUUACAUUGUUCAGACCCCCACUUCUCUGCUGCUCUCCAUCACUGUCCUUUUGAACCAGGAAAAGUCACAAAGUUAAAAGAGAAGCAAAUUAAACAUCCUGAAUCGGGAACAAAGGGUUUUAUCUAAUAAAAGUCUCUCUUCCACUCACGUUGCUACCCUACCCACACUUUCCCUUCUGGUUUGCGUGAGGACAUGGCAUCCUGCAUUACGGUGCAGUGGUAUAAGCACAUCGCGUGAGCCCUCGUAGGCCAGGCCAGGGCAGGGCAGGUGGCCCUCCCUCUCCACACCAGCAGAACCUCCUCAGUCUCAGUACUCUGUUUCUAUGAAGGAAAAGUCUGGCUACUCCUGGUAGCAUUGUGAUGGCCAGUAUAUCCAGUCCAUGGAUAAAGAAAAUGCAUCUGCGUCUCCUGCCCCUCUUCCUUCUAAGCAAAAGGAAAUAAACAUCCUGUGCCAAAGGUA